AUGGCUCUUCCGUGCUUCAAGCUCACACCUCUCCAAUCCCGCUUCGCCGCCUCCCUUACCGCCUCUGUUCUCGUCAUAAUCAUAUACCUGUCCCUAUAUCCGCCGCAAUUCGCCUACGCAGCGGAGCUGGACUCGAUACUAAACGAAGACCACAACCACCGGCGGUUACUGGGAGGAUUGCUGGGCGAGGAUGACGUGUUAGACGGAGAGGAAGAGACAGAUUCACAUCUGGGGAUAUCAUACGAGGCGGACUUUCUUGGAGUCCACCGCAGCAUCAUUGGCAGGGCGGAGGAGGGCGUACAGACGUUGAGGAACAAUGUCCCGGGCAGGAGUAAUGGGCAGAUUGGAUUGACGGACUACUGGGAAUUCCCGUCUGAUGCGGUAUGGGGGGAGCAUGGGGAGGUCGGUGAGGGUUUGCCUUCGACCCUAGAAGAGCGCGCAGCACUGGUCACGAGGGAUGACUUGUGGUCGGAGGAAGACGGCGAAGAGGACGCAGCAGUCGAGGGAAACACGACAGACCUCAGAAGGCGGCAGACAGAGCUUCCGGAACCACAGCGCCCAAGAACUGUAUACAUCUCGAUCAAUGUCUGUCAGCAGCCCGCAUCUAACGGGACCACAACCGCCGAGGCGCCGCAGCUGACCAUGUACGUAUCUACUUCAGAACAAAAUACCAAGCCAGGGCCAGACAAGCGCGAGCUCCAAGCCAACAUACCGCUAGCUGAAGGCUUCGCCCAGCAUACCGUCAAUGCUACAGGAGCUGUCUACAUCGGCGUGCACGAGCCUGACUUACCGUCCGGCCUGUCUGGCGCGUGGAACUACGAGAUCACGGCUUCGAUUGACGCACCGUACCAUAGCUAUGACGGCGGAGAGCCUUUGCUCUUGUUCAUCGACAGCGACACCGCCUCCGCGCUCCUCGUGACCGACAAUCUCACCCAAGCGAAUGCCAGCGACCCCGUAUAUCGGAGAUGGAUGGACUUGGCUGAGCCUCCUUUCACUAUGUACGCCUUCGAUAGGAAUGACACCUCCCUCCGGGGUCUCCAGAGAUCGUAUUGCGGGCUAGACGCAGUGCCCUCAGGAAAGCAAGUAGAAGUUACGCGAACCAUGAUCACCCGCGGCCUCGGCAACAAGCCCAAACAGCAAUUCCACAUCCGCGGCCUCAACGGCAGCACGACCUACCGCGGCUUCCUAGCCAUGCGCGGCAACUCCACCGCCUCCGGCGACGGCGUCAUCAGCGGCGGCGGCCAACUCUGGUCCCCCAUAAACUUCACCACCAAAUCCGACGCCAACUGCCGCAUCAUCUCGAACCUGACCUUCUGCACCGAAGUUGCGUACGCGGUGCCCUCCAACGACGAGACCUUUCCCUCCGCCACCGACCUCGCGAACCUGUACGACGAUCGCGCUGCGGCGCUGUAUGAGAACUUCACCUACUCCCUCGAUCAGAUUGCUUGUAAUGCGACUUCUACCGCGCGGUACUCGCUGGCGCGCAACUGCACCGACUGCUCGGCCGCCUACAAGACCUGGCUCUGCGCCGUCACCAUCCCGCGCUGCGAAGACUUCAGCGCCCCCGCCUCACUCUCCUACCUCCAGCCUCGCAAUAUCGGCCAGGCUCCCCUUUCCCAGCCCACCUUCCGCCCCACCUCCAACUCCACGGACGCGGAAGCGCUUGCCAGCAACUCCACAUUCCGCCAGCGUCUCUACGCCAACAGCUCGCGCAACCCGCUUAUUGACCAGGACAUCCGGCCGGGACCGUACAAGGAGGUUCUGCCAUGCGAGGACCUGUGUUUUGAGCUUGUGCGGAGCUGUCCUGCGAAGUUGGGGUUUAGCUGUCCGUUGAGGGGGAAGGGGCUGGAGAGGAGCUAUGGGAGAAGGGGAGGGGGUGGGAGGGUGGAGUGCAGUUUUCCGGGGGAAGUGUUUGUGAGGAGUGGGGCGGGGAGGAUCCUAGCAAGCGGACUGGUUACGAUAGUGAUGGGGGCGCUGGUUGUGGGGGUUUUGGGGAUUGGGGUUUGGUGA